CCCCGCCCAGCCCCGCCCCCAGUCCUGCCGCGCGACCGGGCUCCCGGCCUAGGAAUAAAUGGCGGGGCCCCCAACCUCGCGGCGUUUCUCAAAGCACGCCAGGUCGGAGCCGCGAAGCCGGCUGACUCGGAGCGGCGGUGGCAGCUCGGCGCUCAGCCAAGUCGAAGGCGCGGAGCUCGUACGCCCAGUCCUGCGGACACGAAAGCGCUGUGCGAGGCGAAUCUACCGGGCACCUGGCGCCGUGUUUCAUUCAGACACACUUGGAUCGUUUUAACUCCUGGGUCUGCUGUACCGUCUCCGAGCCCUUUGUACUGCCAAUAUGACGAGAAUUCUUAGAGAAUGUGCUGUCAGACAAGGCCCUGCCCUACGUGGCCCUUCUGAUAGUGAUGCUGUUCUUCAUCUAUGCAGUCAUUGGGAUGCAGAUCAUCAACCUCUUUGUGGCUGUCAUCAUGGACAACUUUGACUACCUGACAAGGGACUGGUCAAUCCUGGGUCCCCACCACCUGGAUGAAUUUAAGAGGAUCUGGGCAGAGGAUGACCCUGAGGCCAAGGUUUGCUUCAGACUCCUAGGUGUGGUGACCUUCCUCCAGCACAUCAGCCCCUGCUGGAUUUUGGGAAGCCUAUGACCUCACUGUGUGGCCUGCAAAGAGACAAACUGGGAUCAUGGAAGAAAGAGAAGAAAUAUGGGAAGCAAGAUGCCUGUUUACCUUGGGACUUUGGUCAGGCCAGAUAUCCUUGUUUUUGUCAGCUUUUCCUCCACUGUGACUAAAAAACCUGACCAGAACAAUUGUAGAGGAGGAACGGUUGACUGGGGGCUCAUAGUUUCAGUGGUAUCCAGACACAGACAGCCAUCUUCAUUCUGCAGGGCUCCAGGUGAGGCAAGAACAAUGUGGCAGAAGAGAGUGGCAGAGGAAAGCAGCUCACACGAUGAUCAGAAAGCAGAGAGAGACUCCACUCCCCAGAUACAAAAUAUAUACCGCAUAUCCCUGGCCCCAAUGAACCACUUCCUCCAGCCACACCCUACCUGUCUCCAGUUACCAUCCAAUUAAUCCUACCAGGGAUUAAUCCACUGAUUAGGAUAAGGCUAUAGCCCAAUCAUUUCUCCUCCAAACCUUGCAUUGUCUCCAUGUGAGCUUUUGGGGAGACGUCACAUCUAAACCAUAACAAUCCUUAAGGAAAUAAAGAUAAUAACGUCUGUGCCUGAAGAAAUGAACCUGAGCAGAUCAUAUUGUAAGGGCCCUUCUAGACUAAGUUCUCAGACAUAGUAAAGGAACAACAGAGUGAAGCCUCAAGUCCCACUGAGCCUUGUGACCUUUCUGAAUGAAGGACUGUUCCUGGUCUCUUGUGGAACCUCUAGCCUAUGUGACGGGUGAGUUCUUUCCCAGGAACCAGAGGGCCAUCAGAGAGGCCAUGCCUUGGCUUCAGGGAUCUGCAAAGCCCUAAUAUUGUAUGCAAAAUCACUCAAGCACACACAAGAAGAGGCUCUGUCACUUUUAUCAAAUUUAUAAGUGAGUCUAUGAAAUAAGUGAAGACAAAAAUACUAAAUUCUGUUAGACAGACUUCCUCCUUACCCUGAGAGUGAGCAUCCCCUAAGUUUGUGAGCCCCUGACCCUUCUCUUGCCGCAUGAGAGCUCCAACCAUGCAGCCCAGCAAUGGCUGAGGAAUGUUACUCCCACUUCUGCCCUUCUUCUAUUAAAUCCCAUGCCAUCUCCAUUCUCA